CCUCUAUUAUCAUUAUAUAUACAGAUACAGAGGCGUAAAGCUUUCCUCGUUCUCGUCGAUUCUCGCUUCUCUCUCUCUUUUGUUCUUAUCGUCUUUGCGCUCUCUCGAGAAACUUCUCUCGUAUAUAUAUAAAUAUAUAUCUAUAUUUCUUCUCGCUUGUGUUUCCAAUCUUUUGAUCCUUCGCCCAAUAUUAUUCCGAUCAGUUUUGCCCUAAUUUCUAGGGUUUGUUUUCUGUCGUAAACAACUUUGUACAAUCUCUUGCGAUUUUUUCUAAUUCUUUCGCUAUCAAUCUGUAAUUUUAUUUUUUCGUUCGCAAUCAAAAUGCCCAAUCCGAGCAAAUCGAAUCAGAAUCCAAAUCAAGUUCAUGGCGGCAAAGAUCCAGACGAAACUGUACCGCCAUCGAAUAACCUAUGGGUCGGAAAUCUGGCCAGUGAUGUCACGGAUCCUGAUUUGAUGAAUUUGUUUGGGAAACACGGUACGCUCGAUACGGUAACAUCUUAUGCAUCCAGAAGUUACGCAUUCAUUUAUUACAAGACCGUGGAGGAUGCGAAGGCGGCGAAAGAUGCCCUUCAAGGGAUCGUGGUUCGUGGGAAUGCGAUCAAGAUUGAGUUUGCCAGACCGGCUAAACCAUGUAAGAGUUUGUGGGUGAGUGGAGUUGGCCCAUCUGUUUCAAAAGAAAAAUUGGAGGAAGAAUUUCUCAAAUUUGGUAAAAUUGUGGAGUUCAAGUUCCUUAGGGAUCGCAAUGCUGCAUUUGUUGAUUAUUCUAAAUUAGAAGAUGCUUCUCAAUCACUAAAAAGUAUGAACGGGAAGCGAAUAGGUGGUGGCCAGAUACGCGUGGAUUUCCUCAGAUCACAACCUUCAAGAAGAGAACAAUGGGCUGACAUCCAUGAUGCAAGGGACACACAGUUUCUUAGCAGGAGCAUGGCAUUCUCUGAUUCACCAAGGAUGCCACAAGAUUUAGUUAGAAACUAUUCUGAGCUUAUGCAUUCUGGGUCCAAAAAGCAGCAGCAAUUUCAAUCAUUGGGAGUGCGAAAGGUGGAUGGACAACCAACUAAUGUCUUGUGGGUGGGUUACCCACCUUCUGUCCAUAUUGAUGAACAAAUGCUCCAUAAUGCCAUGAUUUUAUUUGGUGAGAUCGAGAGAAUUAAAAGUUUUCCUUCAAGGAACUACUCUUUUGUUGAAUUUAGAAGUGUAGAUGAGGCACGCCGUGCCAAAGAGGGAUUGCAGGGGCGGCUUUUUAAUGAUCCUAGAAUAUCGAUAAUGUUUUCAAGCAGUGAUCUUGCACCCAGCAAAGAUUUUGCAGGAUUUAAUCCUGGAAUAAAAGGACCAAGACCAGAAAUGUUUUUGAACGAUAAUCCAUUUGGAGCUGCACAAAUGGACAUAUUUACUCAUAAUCGCCCAGUGGUUCCAAAUAAUUUUCCUGGAAUUUUGCCACCUAGUCAUGGAUCCAAUAUGGUAAUGAGGCCUUUUGGUCCUCAAGGUAGCUCUGAACCUCCACUUUCAGGCUCAGAUUUCAAUGAUUUGGAUGUGCUCCAUAAACUGCCAGACAGUAACCCCAACACUCAGAUGGGUGGCCCAAAUUGGAAAAGGUCAUCUCCUUCUGGACCUGGGAUUCACCAUUCUCCUGCACCAGGCAUGAAACCACCCAUCAGACCUAUGUCUGGUGCAUGGGAUGUAUUUGAUUCAAACCAAAUUCAAAGAGAAUCUAAACGAUCGAGGAUUGAUGGUUCUUUGCCUGCUUGUGGUUCGUCGUUUCCUCUAAAAAAAAUGGAUCAUCAAGGGAUGAGUUUGGACCAGUUAUAUGGGCUUGCUGCACAAGAUGGAGGUGCUUUAGGUUCAUUUGAAUUAGUUCAAGGAAGGAAUCGCCUUAGUCCGGUAGAUGCAAGAUUCAAAACUGGUGGUGCUGGUCUGGGCCACCCUGAUCCUGAUUGCAUAUGGCGUGGCCUUAUUGCUAAGGGUGGAACUCCAGUUUGUCGUGCUCGUUGUGUUCCUGUUGGUAAAGGGAUCGAGUCUGAGAUUCCCGAGGUGGUUAAUUGCUCUGCCAGAACCGGUCUGGACAUGUUAACUAAACAUUAUGCUGAGGCUGUUGGAUUUAACGUCGUCUUCUUCUUGCCAGAUAGUGAAGAUGAUUUUGCUUCCUAUACAGAAUUUCUUCGCUACCUCGGUGACAAAGACCGGGCUGGGGUUGCCAAAUUUGAUGAUGGGACCACCUUAUUUUUGGUGCCUCCAUCAGAUUUCCUCACAAAGGUCCUGAAAAUUGCAGGCCCUGAACGUCUCUAUGGGGUUGUUCUGAAGUUCCCCCAACAUGCCCCAAGUGGCACAUCGGUGCAGUCACAGCCACUUCAGUCUCAGUACAUUGAGAGACAGCAGAUUUCUUCUCGAACUGAUUUUAGUUUAGUGCCUCAGAAGGAAGAAAUAGUUUCGCAUUUGGAUUAUAAUAGGGUUUUACAUGAGGACCCAAUGGCCACACAGAAUUUUGCUCUACCAACUAGUAAUUCUCCACCUCUUCAACCAGUUACCUCAAUUAAUACUGCAGCAGUAUCCCAAGCUGGUGUUAGUUUAACACCUGAGCUUAUUGCCACACUAGCUUCUUUAAUACCUGCCAAAGAAAAGUCUUCUGGUUUAGAAAGUAACCAACCUCCAUCAGUAUCUUCCUCCUUGAGGCCUUCAUUGCCUUCUAAUGCUGCAUCUGAUAAGAUAAUUCUGUCACAGGGUUAUGAUCAUCAAACCUCCGAGCAUACUGGUUAUCCUUUGCAACAGUUUGGUACUCGGUAUAAUCCCGAGUCACAAAUUCCUCAGCUUCAUACUUACCCAACUGUCUCAAAUUCACUUAACCAUUCUGCACAAGGGGUUACUGGCAGCUCUCUAGUUCUAGAUCCCGCUUUCAACCUGCCACAGCAAGCUGCAAUUUCUUCUAGGCCAUCAGCUAAUUACCCAUUCCCUCCUCAGAGUGGGCAGUUUGCAGGUUCCCCGCAGGUCAAUCAGCAGUAUCAGUUUGAUGUUCCUAGGAAUACUCUGAAGGGCCAUGAGAUGGCACAUGGAACAGAUGCUUCUGGUUCAUAUGGUCCAUCAGUCUAUCAGCAAUCUACAAACUCCUUUCCAUCAUCUAAUCAGGGUUAUGGUUCUAACGUUUCCCGGCCUGAUACUACAAUGCCACUGGCGACUGAAAAAGUGAAUUCAGAUCUUUCGAGUCAGGUUCAGCAGCUUCAGUCUGCACUCUCUGGAGCAGGUCAGGGGACAUCGGAGAUGGAUGUUGAUAAGAAUCAGCGGUACCAGUCAACACUACAAUUUGCAGCUAACCUCCUCCUCCAGAUACAACAGCAGCAACAGCAACAGCAACAGCAGCAGCAGCAGCAGCAAACAAAUGCUCAGGCAGGUCAAGGACUUGGGAAUCAUUAAUGAGCUUUUCCUUCGAUUAGAGCAUGAAGAAGUGAAUGACCAUGGCCGGAAGUUACGUUUGGAAGAAGAAUGGGUUUUCAACAAAGAUAUAUGUAGACGUCCGUACUUAGUCAUGGGAUUGGAAUGAAUGGCUUGUGGGGAGAUCUCUGUUCAAUCAAAUGUUUUUUUUCUUUUUCGAACAAGUCUUGUAGUUUUUUCAGUUUUGUUUCCGUCUUCAACCAGGAAUUGUGUUUGUGUUAAUUAAUUGUAUUACUUAUGUUGGUUUUCCAAUUACAUAAUCCUUACAAUUUAAAUUGGUUU